GCGGCAGGGGAGGUUUAUGGAUCCGUGUAAAGGUUACCCUGGUCCCGGGCAGGCUUAUGGUGCCGAGGUUCUAACCUGGUCCCCCAAACCCAACACUGAAUUUUUAACCCGUCAGAGCCAGCGAUGCUAACGGGGCAGGGGCAGGGGCAGGGGCAGGGGCAGGUACGGGUACGCGGGCUGGCUCUGCAACAGGGGCUGCAGCAGGCGAUACCCCACGCUGGGGGUCAGCCAAUUGCACCCAGCCGCCCCGCAGAAGGCGUUGGCUCACAGGGCAAGGAUCACAAGCAGGCACAGAGAUGACUGUAGGUGAUCUCCGAUGUGUCAGAGGAAAGCCAAAACCCCCCACCCUCGGCGUUCCUGAUUGCACCUGUGCCGCCACAAGCUGGGUGCCUCCAUCGUUUUGAGGAUCUGGGUCCAAAUGCCUCCCAAACCCUGUAUGGUCCCUGCGCUCUACUCACCAUGCCCGUGGAGGAGUUUGUGGCUGGCUGGAUUUCAGGAGCUGUGGGGCUGGCCUUGGGGCAUCCAGUGGACACAGUGAAGGUGCGGCUGCAGACGCAGUCUGGCUAUCGGGGGAUCCUGGAUUGCAUGAUCAAAACGUACCGCAAUGAAACGGUCCUAGGCUUCUUUAAGGGGAUGAGUUUCCCACUGCUGAGCGUGGCCCUGGUCAACUCAGUGAUGUUUGGGGCCUACAGCAAUGCCCUGCUCUACCUGAGUGCCACCCACCACCAUGAACGUCAUGCCAACCCCCCCAGCUACGCCCACGUCUUCACUGCUGGCAGCUUCUCCGGCCUGAUGCAGGCCGUGGUCCUGGCUCCUGUUGACCUGAUCAAAGUUCGGCUUCAGAACCAGACUCACUCCUAUGGGCGGAGGAGUCCAGUGGGGGGCCCUGGAGCCCAGUACCGGGGCCCUGUGCACUGUGGUGCCUGCAUAUUCCGUGAGGAGGGGAUGCUGGGCCUGUUCCGGGGCACCUGGGCCCUGGUGCUGCGAGAUACACCCACUAUGGCCGUCUACUUCCUCACAUACAUCAGUCUGUGCCAGGCUGUGACAGCGCCGGGGAGAGAACCGGGCCCGAUGACAGUCCUCAUAGCUGGGGGUUGGGCUGGCACAGUCUCCUGGGCCUUAGCCACGCCCAUGGAUGUGAUCAAGGCCCGGCUCCAGAUGGACGGGGUGAAGGGAGUGUCCUACCGCGGUGUCUUGGAUUGCAUCCGCAUCAGCGUUCGGCAUGAGGGACCCCAGGUUUUCCUAAAGGGCCUUGCCCUGAACAGUAUCCGUGCCUUCCCUGUCAACGCGGUGACCUUCUUGAGCUACGAGAACAUCCUGAAACUCAUCUGCUGAGCCCCACCCUGCUCCCAGCAGCAUCAUUCCCCCCCUAUCACCGCACUGGGAGCCAGCACUGACUGCCAGGGGAGAGCGCCCCCUACUGAGCCCUGCAGCAGAGUGCCCCCAGCGUUAUGCUGGGGCACAGAGGUCAGCACCGCCUGCAAGAGCAAGGCAGGAUCACCCCUCCUACCGUCUAUCCCCCAAGGUUAAGCUGUGUCCUAGAUUCAAAUGUCCUGAGUGAUGUUAGUUCUCCCCACUUUCCAUGCAUCUUAGCACCUCGGGGAGAGGAACUGCCUGACAGUGGUGGGGAGGGGUAGUGACUUGGGAGCUGGGAAUGAAAUAGAGGGAAUGAGAACUGAGGAGCUGGUCUGGGGAGUGGGGGAAGGGGUGGGGGGAGAAGAGUCAUGCUGCUAAAAAACACAGAGCCAUGAGUGAGGCCUCCUGGGUUCUAUGCCAGAUCUAGGACUAGAGAGGGAGUCAGGACUGCUGGGUUCUUCUCCCAGCUCUGGAAGGGGAGUGGGGCAUGUGGGGGAAAGGAGGGGCCAUAGGCAGAACAGUGUGGGGGAAGGAGUUCUAGGAGUAGGAGAAUUUCUCCUUAUCCAGCUAUAGCAUUUCCCUAGCAACCAAAAAUCUACUUAAUUCUCAUCAGUCAGCAAACUCUCUGCUUUUGGCCCAGUCUGACGGGCACAGAGACCCUGCCACCGCCACCCUGGAGCAGGCUGCAAGGUGCAGGGACCAGGGGAGGCAAGCUAAACCUAUUAGACAAUAUCCCCAGAGUCAGGAAUUGAAGCUAGGAGUCCUGUCACCCCUGCUCUAACCCACCACACCCCACUCCCCUCCCAGAGCUGGCAGAAAACCCAGGAGGCCUGACUCCCUGCUCUGUGAUUUUUAGCUGUAACCCACUAGACAAGCCCCUCCAAACCCACUAGACCCCACUCUCUACCAAGCGCGCAGAAGAUCCCUAAUACAAGCUCUUUGUAACAACACCUGGAGGGCUGGGUCUUUGCCAUAGAUGUGAUGGAAUAGUAGAGGCUUCCCAGCUCAUUUACUGCUAUGGGGGGCGGGCGAGGGAGAAUCUGAGAGGCAGGACCCUGUUCUUGCCAGCUCCCUGUGGCCCCUCUGGCUGCUCCCAUCCUCCUGGGGGACAUCUCAGGAAAUGCAAGCCAGCAACGUGGCGACGGAUUCCUUCACUGCUGCUGUGAAGGUGCUGGCCCUCUUGGGGGACUCGGUCUCCUCUGUUCCUCCCUGAAUGGCACCGCUCCCUGCCCUGCACUGGAGGGAAAGCCAGGCCAGGAUUGGACACCCCGUUCCCAAUUCUGUUGGAGUUUCAUGGCUGGAGCUUAAGGUGCAAAGCAGGAAAGGGACAUGCCCCGAAGUUCACAGAGCGAGUCUGGAAUAGAGCCCAGGAAUUCUGGCUCCUGCUUCCCUGUCUCUAUCCAUAAGAGCUCACUCUGCUCCUAGAACCAGGGAUGGCACUCAGGAAUCCUGACUCCCAGCCCCCCUGCUUUAACCCACUAAACCCUGCCACUGUGCUCAGCACCAGGAAUAC